UGCUUGGCCAAAUCCAACCCAGCACAUACACCCACACACAGAGCUGACCACUCAGCGCAUAUCGCACCGGUUGACAGCCAGUACUCGCACCACGCACGAAUCUGAUUCUGAGCUGCUCGUCUUCUACGAGAGGGCUGCUGCUUGUCUGCGACUGCCACCACACCUCAAACGCCACCACACAACCACACAGGCAACACCAGCCACCACAUACGUGCACACAUACACAAGACAGCACGAGGCGUCAUGGCUAACGUAUCGAAAAAGCUGGUGUGUAUCGGUGACGGUUCUGCCGGCAAGACCUGCCUGCUCAUCGUGUACGCCAACAACGAAUUUCCAGAGAAAUAUGUACCCACAGUUUUUGAGAACUACGUUGCCACCGUAUCAAGACCACAAGCGACUGUCGAGCUUGCCUUGUGGGAUACAGCAGGUCAAGAAGACUACGCACACAUCCGACCGCUCUCGUACGACGGAGCACAUGUGUUCCUCAUAUGCUUUGCUGUGGACAACAGAGACUCCUUUGAAAACAUCGAAUCCAAGUGGGUUCCUGAGAUGCGGUCGUACUGCCCGAAGGUGCCGUACAUCAUUGUCGGGUGCAAGUCCGACCUGCGGGAGGAUGCUGAGCGCAAGCAGGAGAUGGCGGGCAGGGGCCAGACGUUUGUUGAGUUCAAGGAGGCAGAGGACCUUGCUGAGCGGGUUGGCGCGCAGGGGUACUUGGAGUGCAGCGCAAAGACGAGGGAUGGCGUGCAGGAUGUGUUCAACUGGGCCGCAGAUGUCGCUCUCACCGCAAAGACCGGUGGUGGGUGCUGCACGCUGCUCUGAUGACUGCCGUUUUGCGCAGUGCUGAGAGGUGUUGUUGCACGGGGGGUGGGUGCAGUUUGAUCCCAUCGUGCAUGCUGUUUCACUCCUUUAGUGCUGCUGCUGCUGCUGCUGCUGCUGCUGAUGAUGAUGAUGAUGAUGAUGAUGAUGAUGAACACGUGUUUGAAGUUAAGACAAUCAUUGCUGUUCGUGCUUUCUGUUUCUUCCCCUUCCUUCCAUUUUGUUCUGUUGUCACAAGCGUGACCACCCGCAUUGUGUGUGUACGUACAUCCAAGCGUGCGCGUGGAUGUGCUCACUUUGGUUUCCGUGGCGUUGCAGCCUGCUUUGUUAUGACUGACCCCAUCCAUUCCACUACACUCUGUCAACCAUUGACCCACUCCGUGUUGCAGUUGUUGUUGUUGUUGUUGUUGUUGCUGUUGUUGUACUCCCGCCAUGCCGUCUUCCCCCUCCCCCCCCCCCAUCCUCGUCGUCACAUGCCUGUGCUGUUGUGGCGCGUGCUGCGUGCGGGUGUUCGCGUGCCGUCUGCGGCUGGACGCAUCUCACCCCUGUCCGUGUGUGCUAUUUUCUUUUCUGUUCCCCGCACCCGGCAGCAC